GUACAGUUUGUGUGUGUUUGAACCUCCCAGGCUAGGCCAGCUAAAAACCAAAGGAGAGCAUCCACACUACCCAACCCACCCUUUCAUCUUUCUACAUACUCUCCACCCCCUCGAUCAGCUCAACCUUAAUCCUCAUAUCCGAUCCAUUUCUAGCUUGCCCAAACUGUUAGUACCCAAACAUGGAACAAACAAGGUACUUGGUGUGGCCUAAACCAAAGCUCGAUUUCAGCUCUUCCUAUGGCGGCGAUUCUUGGGAAGAGCAAGCUUUUGCAGAGGACGCUGCAGGCGGGGCGCUUGGAGGGUGCGUUUGGCCUCCCAGAUCUUAUACCUGCAACUUCUGCAGAAGAGAGUUCCGCUCCGCUCAAGCUCUGGGCGGCCACAUGAACGUCCAUAGAAGAGAUAGGGCAAAGUUGAAGCACUCUCCCCCGUCUCAUAAUGGAGAUUUAAGUGUUCCAAUCAAUAAUAAUCCCCGCCCCCUUCUUACUCAAGCCUGUACCUUUCUGUACAAUCCCAGUUCCGAUCGAAGAAUUGUUGCGCCGAAUCUUGGGAGUGAAAGCUGGGACGAUGGUGGUGUGAAUGGGGAGACGACGACGAAGAAGAAUUAUUCAAGAAUUCUAGAAGAUUUGAAGAAGAACAUUAAUUGCGAGGAGGACGAUGAGAGGCUAAGAAUGUUCAAGUCAAGUCGUUGUAGGGCUGAAGGAGAAUAUGACAUGAUGGCUGACUUGUCGGCCGGGAGCUUCCGCAAAAGGAGGAGGAUUGAUGAUAGCCUCUUUGCAGGUUGUGAUCCAAAACCAUGUUUGGUUCAGAGAUUCGAAAGGACGAUCCAUAGCUCCAUAGAACAAGAAUUGGAUCUGGAGCUAAGGCUUGGCACUAGUCCUCCAAAGGUGAAAUGAAAUACCAACUGGUUAAUUUGGAACACACAAACAGAUUAUUUCUUGUUAUUACCAUCUUUCUUCUUAGUUUAUCUCUCUGAUCUCAUCUCAUCUCGAUCACUUUUACAACUUAACCUAAACAUGGAGGCUUUAAUUUAAUUUGCAGACUGUACUGUACGUGUGAGUGAGUGAGUGAGUUGCCAUUGUUGUACUUCUUUAGUAUAUAUGGGUGCAGGGUCUACCAACUACGAAACUGUAUCAUAUCUUCAUAAAAUUAAAGCUAGCUUCAAAUUAAUGCAUAUCUGAUCUUCUAUA